AUGCUUCUGAGCGUGGUAACGGUCGAGACCCAAAACAGUCACAUGAUGUUUUUGGACAUUCAACUGUCCAGUCACCAAUCCAAAACAAUCAGUCUUGCAAUCUGUGACCAAACACACAAGAUUAGUUUUGGCCGGCUUGCCUUGGGUGCCGUGACUCAAGGCAUGCGCGCAAUCGCGCGAGGCGGUACUCAAAAACAACUUUCCAUGCGUGUGUACUGGAGCAAUUAUUGCCUCCCCGUGCGACGCACUGUGGUGCCAAAUGUACCAGCAGGUAUUGACACCAAGGGAUCGGAUGAGAUCUCAAAUCUUUCUGGUAAUGGUAGUGGUAUUGCUGGUGUGCGGGCUGGUGACAGGGAGACAAAUGCAGCAAAUGCUGGCGUUAUGGUCCAGGUUACCAAUGCAAAGGAGGAGAAGAGCAUUGACAUUGAGGAUGUCGAGAUAUCCAUGGAAGCAAACAGCAAUACGGUAUCAACAAGCAACACUGGCUCCCCAAUGGAGGAAUCUAGUGGUGUAUCAAUUUGGGACACUGGGGCUGUAGUUGCAAACGCUGUUGUGGUUGAUGUUGCAGAAGAGGGGUCCUCCAUGGAUAAAGGGACUCCAAAACUCGGUGGAAAUGGAAGAUGUAAGCAUAGUUUGGGAGGAGCCAACACUACCAAUGCUGAUAAUGUUGUGGAUGCUGUUGCAGAAGAGGGAUCCUCCUUGGACAAAGGGACUCCAAACUCAGUGGAAAUGGAAGAUGUAAGCAGUGGUAGUGUGGGAGGAACCAAUACCACCAAUGCUGAUAACGUCAAUGGUGAUGCAGAGGAGUAGAAACAAGAGAGACCAACAGUCAACCAAAGUAGUCUUUGUUUGUGCCAUAAAUGCAACAGGAUGGCCUGUGGCUGGUUAUUUCAGUUGUUGGUACCUCACGCUUUGUGCCUGCUAUUGUGGAGAUUGUGUGUUUUAAACUUUAUCAAAUAUUUGUGUUGGACUCAUGUGAUGGCAUAUUUGUGAAUGCAGUGGAAGUCCCUGUACAAGAUGUGCAUCUAUUGGAGGAGGUUGUUCCGUACACCAAUAGAUUAACUUUUUGUCUCUGUCACCUAUGCU